AUGGCGGAUGCUAUCUCCGGUCUAGGAGGAGGGGGACAAGCCACCCCCUACACCGUCAGUGCCGCGCAAGCCGCAUCGUAUUGUGCGGUUGCUACAGUUGCACUCUUCGGAGGUCCCCUCGCGUCCCGCAUGGGCCUCAAGCUCAUGCUUAUCAUCGGCGCAGCCACCUUCCCUAUCAACGGCUCGGCUUACUACGUCAACUCAGCCUACGGUACACAGUGGUACCUGAUCUUUGGUCGCUUCAUCUACGGCAUCGGCUUUGGUUUCUGGUAUGUCGCUGAAGCGGCGAUGAUUCUCAGUUACCCGGAAGAGGGACGCCGCGGAGAAUACCUUGCCAUUUGGGUCGGGGCCAGAAAUUUGGGUCAACUUGUCGGCGGGUCCAUUGCUCUUGCAAGAAACGCGCAAGCUGCCGCAGCGGGAGCCAUCGCAACCUCGACCUACCUUGCCUUCGUCGCUAUCGAAGCUGUCGGUUUCCCAGUCAGUUUUCUCAUCUCUCCUCCCGAGAAGGUCACCCGUAGCGAUGGUGUUCCCAUCGUCCUCGCCGCCCGCAAGCCGAUCCGGGCCGAGAUGGUGCUCCUCUGGAAGGCCGUCAUUCACCCGCGGAUGCUUCUCCUCACGCCCAUUGCCUUCUACUCGUACUUUGCCGGUGGAACUCUGUCAACUUAUCUCACACUGUACUUCACUGUCCGCGCUCGGGCACUAUCCUUCACCGCCAUCUACUGUCGGUUCGUCCUCGACAACCAGCGCUGGUCGCAGCGUACUCGCGCAAUGAUAGGCUUCUGGGCUUGGAUGUUGCCAACCCUCGCUGUCUUUGCGUGGCUCUCGGCCAACACUGCAAAGUUCCUCUCGAUGUCGGCUGCGCCCAAGUACGAUUGGUCGUCUGACGGCUGGGCCAACGCCUACAUCCCCUUCUGCACCUUACAGAUCACAACCUACCUUUGUCAAACUUACAUCUACUGGCUCAUCUCUUGCUUUGUGGUCGACGUGCAAGGCAACGCUCGCAACGGCGGUAUCUUCCGCUCGUGGGAGGCAAUCGGCCAGGCUGUUUCGUACGGCCUGAACUCCAACAUCUCGCUCACCUUCGUGCCCCUUGCUGUCAAUUUUGCCCUCUGCCUUCUUUGCAUCUUCCCCACCCUCCUGGUCGCUCGUCAGGUCCCUUUGUGGCGCUCCGACUCGCUCAAAAACCCUGAUCGACAGGAAACGGUGACUGGCAAGGAGGCGAUUGAGCUGGAAGAGGCCGACAAGACAGGGGAUACCACGGUGGACAUUGAGUCGGUACCGACGCAGAGAAUGAAGUAG